AUGCAUCGUUGCAAUGGAUGUCGACAUGUAGGCCCAUCUUUAGUUCACAACCUUGCAUAGGUCAUGCGUUUUUAUUCAAAUUUGAGUGGAGAAUUCCCAUUCAGACCCUCUCAUUCGUUGUCAACCUCGCUGUUCAGAUCGGUCUCAUCCAGAAUUUAUCGUAAGAUAAGGUAAGACAAUGAAAAUUUGUAUCUACUGUGUUUAGGAGGAGCGAUGGAGAAGUCGACCAGCUCAUCGAAGGGUCGGAAGAAGAAGGGUGUUCUCGAAAACUCCAAUCGAUCCUGCAAGAGCAAGAAGGGAAAGAAGGGCAGAAAGAAUCAGCAGAGUUCGACGGAUGUGAGAACUCCCACAAAGGGAAUCAAGACUGA